AUGAUCUCCUCGUACGCCGCCACUACAAGAACAGUUGUCGCCCCAUCAGUUCCUCGAAUUCAUGAUGAUUAUGAUGAUUAUGAUGAUUAUGAUGAUUAUGAUGAUUAUGAUGAUUAUGAUGAUUAUGAUGAUUAUGAUGAUUAUGAUGAUUAUGAUGAUUAUGAUGAUUAUGAUGAUUAUGAUGAUUAUUAUUAUGAAUAUGAUUAUUAUUAUGAAUAUGAUUAUUAUUAUGAAUAUGAUUAUUAUGAUUAUUAUUAUGAAUAUGAUUAUUAUUAUGAAUAUGAUUAUUAUGAUUAUUAUUAUGAAUAUGAUUAUUAUUAUGAAUAUGAUUAUUAUUAUGAAUAUGAUUAUUAUGAUUAUUAUGAUUAUUAUUAUGAAUAUGAUUAUUAUGAUUAUUAUGAUUAUUAUGAUUAUUAUGAUUAUUAUGAUUAUUAUGAUUAUUAUGAUGAUUAUGAUGAUUAUGAUUAUUAUGAUGAUUAUGAUUAUUAUGAUGAUUAUGAUUAUGAUGAUUAUGAUUAUGAUGAUUAUGAUUAUGAUGAUGAUUAUUAUGAUGAUGAUUAUUAUGAUGAUUAUGAUGAUUAUUAUUAUUAUGAUGAUUAUGAUGAUUAUUAUUAUUAUGAUGAUGAUUAUUAUUAUGAUGAUGAUUAUUAUUAUUAUGAUGAUGAUUAUUAUUAUUAUGAUGAUGAUUAUUAUUAUUAUGAUGAUGAUUAUUAUUAUUAUGAUGAUGAUUAUUAUUAUUAUGAUGAUGAUUAUUAUUAUUAUGAUGAUGAUUAUUAUUAUUAUGAUGAUGAUUAUUAUUAUUAUGAUGAUUAUUAUUAUUAUGAUGAUUAUUAUUAUUAUGAUGAUUAUUAUUAUUAUGAUGAUUAUUAUUAUUAUGAUUAUGAUUAUGAUUAUGAUGAUGAUGGGAGUAUCUAA